AUGGGAGGGAUCUCGGGUUUUCUUACAAAUUUCCCCUCUUUUAUCUACUUUUUGUUGUCUCUCCUGGAAAGAAUCCCUGUCAAAUUGCCUAUUUCAAUUGAGAAAAUAGUUUCUCGUGUUUCUUAUCCUCGCACCGGCAGGCACUUGCAGCGCUAUGAUAACAGAGGCUUCCGAUUAGUUGUUGGGUGCAUUCCGUACAGAUAUAGGAAAAUGGAAGAAGCAACUUCAAUUGAUGAAGCGAUUGAAGUUCUUGUAAUCAGUGCACAGAAUGGUCAAGGAAUGUUAUUCCCAAAGGGCGGAUGGGAAAAAGGUGAAACCAUGGAAGACGCAGCCAGACGAGAGACACUUGAGGAAGCCGGUGUCCGUGGCAAUAUUGAAUGUAAAUUAGGUACAUGGUCGUACAAGAGCAAAAGGCAAAGUAUAUUCCAUGAAGGCCACAUGUUUUCUUUGCUUGUCGAGCAAGAGUUGGAUUACUGGCCUGAGAAAAACAUCCGGGAACGGAAAUGGGUGACAGUCUCUAAAGCUAGAGAAGAAUGCCCUCAUUUUUGGAUGAGGGAAGCUUUAGAACAGUUAGUUCGCCGCCAUACACAGCCUCGGCCGGAGGAGGGAAGUAAAUAAAACUGCUUGCCACUAGAACAACUUUUAGCAAGCAUAGUGUUUGUUCUUUGAAUUUGUGAGAUUAGAAUGGUAGAUCAAUGUAAAGAAGAGACAUCAGAAUUCAACCUUGGAAGAGAGGAGGAAUGUUGGAGAUUAAUCUAGUGAUUUGGAAUUAUUCCAAGUGCUUGUUACGCCAUUUUGGAUUCUGAGUUCUGGUGCCACAGGCAGUAGAAUGGAUUCGAAAAAACAUACCAAAAUGUGUUGAAAAUCUCAGAUGUACAAAAUCAAUUUUUUUUGUUCUAUUCAGUAUGUAGAAAAUUUUGGUUCAUUCUUUCAGUUAAUUCGAUCUUUCAAUUCAGUAGGUUUCUCGUUUGAAUCAAUGCAAUCAGCUUGCAGCUAACCGUGCCAAGGAUUUGUUAUUUAGCUUUUAACAUUACUUCUAAUGGUCUUGAGAAAUUGGAAAUGAAUCAUUGUUCAUAGAUGGCAAAUUGUUUAUAAGUCGAAAGAACUCAAGACUGCAACUGGAAUAAGUUUGCUUUUACUGAUUGAUUUGAAACGAGCUAGACAAUGACUACAACUGGAAAGGUUACAAAGCAAUCAAAUUACAUGUCGACUUAUUCUAAUUAUCUCCUGCGGCCUCCGAUUUUCGUCGAAGAUGACGUCCGCUAUUUGAAAUGCUCUUUAAUAAGACAAAACUUAAGAUAAAACACUCUAUUAUUAUUAUGGGGUUGGCAGACAAGGAAAUUUGGCUCCCGAUUACGAAGAUGAACAUUUGGUUUCAGAUUAGACUAGGGGUCUCAUUUGGUUUAAGUUUAGACAAGGGUCUUAUUUGGUUUCAGACAGAGGUCACCUGAAAGAUAGGCGGAUCCAUUAAGCGAGAUAGAGUGUCCACAGACAUGUCAAAGUCUGAAUUGGUUUUAGUUCAGACAAGGAUCACCUGAAAGAUGAGGUCACCUUAAAGAUGGGUGAAUGCUGAUAUUAUCCCGAGGAAUUAUAGGCUGAUCCAUUAAGUGAGAUGGAGUAUUCACAGACAUCAUAAAGUUUGAAAAAC